ACACGUGCUACAUCUUGUCGUUUGCUGUCAUCAUGCUGAACACCAGCCUCCACAACCCCAACGUGAAAGAYAAAACCACUCUGGAACGCUUUAUAUCCAUGAACAGAGGCAUCAACAACGGAGAGGAUCUGCCGAAUGAACUGCUUUCAAAACUGUAUGAGAGCAUACACAAUGAGCCUUUUAAAAUCCCAGAAGAUGACGGCAAUGAUCUGACGCACACCUUUUUCAACCCCGACAGAGAAGGCUGGCUCCUCAAACUUGGAGGUCGUGUGAAGACGUGGAAGAGACGAUGGUUCAUCCUGACUGACAACUGCCUUUACUACUUUGAGUUCACCACUGAUAAAGAACCCAGAGGCAUCAUCCCUCUAGAGAAUCUUUGUGUCAGAGAAGUCCUGUAUGCUCGAAAACCAUACUGUCUGGAGCUGUACAACCCCAACAGUCGAGGGCAGAAGAUCAAAGCGUGUAAAACAGAGACAGACGGCCGGGUGGUGGAGGGGAAACACCAGUCUUACACCAUCUGUGCCUCCAGCGCUGAAGAGAGAGACUCCUGGAUUGAGGCCAUCAGAGCAAGUAUAACCAAGGAUCCAUUUUAUGACUUGGUCUCAAUGCGGAAGAAGAAAGUGAUAAACCAAACCCCUCAGGACUGAGCAGUGGGCGUCCCACCUCUUGGAUACCAAUGUGACAGCAGCGCAGUGAUCCUGCUAGCAGUCUAUCAGCCAUAUGAAAACACCACACAACAUGUGACAUAUGGACACACAAGACUGACUGCACUGACAGUGGUAMCUUCUCUUUUUUUAGACUGAGAAAAUUGUGUGGAAGAUAAAAAAUAUACCAUCAAUGACUCAGUGUUAGCGUGACUAACCGUUAACGGAUCUCUCAGGGCUAUCUUUAACUUUGACAACAAGUUUUGCGCACUGAAUUGCCUGUUUACAGCAAUUUUUUGUUAAAGUGGCUGAAUAUUUACUUCCUCUAUCUUGUAAAACAGUUUAAGAGCUUUGUUCGUCUUGGUUUUUCAGUUCUGAAAGACAAAUUGAGCAUGAGAGAUCUUAACAAUUGCAUAGUAAAAAUGUGAGACAUACAGCAUCUCAGCUUUUUGACAGUUCUCAUUUAUUGUUUUGACUCUGUAAGAGCUUUGGGUAGUCUGAACUGGAUUUGCUAAUGAACUGUUUUCUUUUGUAUAGAAAACAACAAAGAAUGUUUUUUUAUUUUUUGAAAAUUGUUUUACAUGUACUUUGUGGUGGAAAAAAAUGAUCCUAAACAGAAAAUCUUGUAAAUUUCUAAUAUUGCUUGAUUUGAAAGCAACGUGCAAUAAGUGUUAUAAAUGUGUUUAUCAACUAUGUAAGAAGUUUGAUGUUUAUAAUGUAACGUUUGAACCAUUCACUUCAAUGCUUUGUUGUUUGUAUUCACCCUUAAAGACUUUGCAUUUAAUGUAUUUGUCCUGUUCAUGAGAAAUAAGUAUUUAAUUAAAAAAAGACAUACAGAAGAAGCUUCUCUUUUUUCUUAAAAAAAAAAAAAGCUUCUCUUCAAGGAAAACAUCGACAGCUGUGUUUUCAGUUGAAUGCUUUCUGAAUGCAUCUGACCACAUUAAACUUCCUCAUGUUUACCA